AUGAAGUCUCACGUCACCAACUUCCUCUUCUUCGGAGAUCAAACCGUUGAAAAGCUACCAGCGAUUAGGCAGCUGGUGAGGCUCGCACCGUCCUCGCGUUUGGUUCAAAGGUUUCUCCGGCAGGCGUGUGAUGCAGUCCAGGUCGAGGUCGGCCAAUUACCUACACACGCAGACCAACGGAGCAACAUUGGCAACUUUGAUAGCAUCCUUCGACUUGCCGAGGACAAUGACCAGCGUGGGGCGCCCAGCGAGAUUGUUGCCACCGUAUUGAUGAAUAUUGCGCGGAUAGGAGAACUCAUCUUAUAUGCAGAAGAUGAUCCCAGCAUUCUCUCCCGCAAAGGCAACCGCAGCUGCAUUCUCGGCUUCUGCACGGGAGAGCUGCCCGCUGCCAUCGCCGCCGUCGCACAGGAUACCACAGAGCUCGUCGAUUUGGGAGUUGAGGCAACACGCAUCAUCUUCCGCAUGGCGAGGGAACUCAACCACCGAUCCUUGAUGGUUGACCGAACGAACGGCCCCUGGGCAAGAACAUUGCUCAACAUUUCGGCCGACCGUGUCGGAGCCAUCCUAAAAGAGUUUCACGAGAGUCAGGCCAUUCCUAGAGCACGCCAAGUUUGCAUCGGCUUCGUCUCAGAAGGCUGGUUGACGCUCUUCGGCCCUCCAACAACUCUUGAACGACUUUUUGACUGGUCCGUUGAGUUGGAGGACGCCCCUCACAUCGAUACUGACGCUCGUGGAGGCGUGCACAUGGAGACGCUGCCCGAGGUUGACGUUGGUCGCAUCCUUGGUUCGUCGUCAUGGCUGGAGCGCUCUCUUGAUCCUGCCACGACUAUUAUAUCCCCCUAUACGUGCCAACCGCGGCAGCAUCGAAAGUUGCGCGCUCUUCUCGAGGAGAUCAUUCUCGAUGUUGGACAGCGAACGUUAUACCUUGCGGCUGCAAUGAACGCAGCUUUGGAAUUGACGAAAACCGAAAAAUUGCGCGUCGUGAUGCCCGGGUACACAAGUCACGACGUCUACUUGAAGAAGCUGCUUCAGAAACGGGGCGUUGAGUACACUGUUGCGUCACACAGCGACCGGCCAGCCUUGACUACUGGACGAGAAGGAUCAGGUCUUGUCGCUGUCGUCGGUAUGUCUGGUCGCUUCCCCGGUAGUGGGAACAUCAAUGAAUUCUGGGAGGGUCUUUUGCAGGGCAAGAGAUAUGUUCAAGAGGUCAGACGGUGCUCGCGCCAUAUCGCUACCAUUCAUCUCUGCGGAGACCCAAGGCUGACUCGUCACUGGCAGAUCCCUCCAUCUCGGUUCAACCUCGAUGAAUGGUAUGACACGACGGGAAAGGAAAAGAAUUCCACCAUGGCACGUACAGGUGCCUUCCUCGAUCAACCUGGCCUCUUCGACAACCGGCUCUUCAACAUGUCGCCUCGGGAAGCGAUGCAGACAGACGUCCAACAUCGGCUGCUCCUAACGACGAGCUACGAAGCCCUCGAAAUGGCGGGCUACUAUCCUGACGGCACGCCUUCGACCAACAGAGAGCGGAUAGCCUCUUUCUUUGGCCAGACGUCGGAUGACUGGAGAGAAGUGGUGGUGCACCAAGGGGUGGACAUCUACUUCGCCACCGGGAGCUGCCGCGCCUUUGGACCAGGUCGGCUGCACCAUCACUUUAAAUGGGGAGGGCCAUCGUACAGCGUCGACUCGGCCUGUGCGUCGAGUGUCGCGGCCGUCGGUCUGGCGUGCUCUGCACUCCUCGGUCGGGAAUGCGACAUGGCUCUCGCGGGCGGAGGAUCGCUAUUGCUUUCACCAUCGCCCUUCUCUGGUCUCAGUCGCGGUGGCUUUCUGUCCACGCACGGGGGUUGCCAAACGUUCCAGGACGAUGCUGAUGGAUACGUCCGUGGCGAAGGCAUUGGCGUCGUCGUACUCAAGAGACUGGAAGAUGCUCUCGAGGAUCAGGACAACAUCCUCGGCAUUGUCCGCGGCUCGGGACGAAAUUACAGCAGCGAUGCGUCCUCCAUGAUGCAUCCGUCAGCAGCUUCUCAGCAGAAAUUGUAUCGCAGCGUUUUGGAGCAGAGCGGCGUCGAGGCCAACAGCAUCUCGUACGUGGAGAUGCAUGGCACGGGCACGCAGGCUGGAGACUUUAUGGAGAUGUCAUCUGUUCUUUCCAUCUUUGCCGAGAAGCGAGCUUCGGAUAACCCGCUGAUUGUUGGAGCUCUCAAAGCGAGCAUUGGCCACGGAGAAGCUGCGGCUGGUGUUUGCGGUCUCAUCAAAACCCUAAUGAUGCUUCAGUCUCGACAGGUUCCUCCCCAGCCCUCCCUUCCUGGGCCCAUCAACCAUCGAUUUCCAGAUUUGGCAAGCAAAAAUGUAUAUAUUGCCAGCCGAGAUAUGUCCCUGAAGGCUAGCCCGUCAGCGAAGGGAACUAUUCGCGUGUUUCUCAACAGCUUUGAUGCUUCGGGUGGAAAUUCGUGCUUGCUAUUGGAAGAAGCACCUCCACGAGUGGAAAAGCCGGCAGAUCCCAGGAGUCAUCAUGUCGUCACCCUCUCGGGCCGGUCCCAGAAGUCUCUCCUCGGUGCCAUGGAGAGAUAUUUGGCCCAUCUGCGCGAGAACCCGGGGAUUCAGCUUGCCGAUCUGGCCUUUUCCACGAGCGCUCGACGGAUACACGGACUGCUUCGAUAUGCCAUCACCGCAUCGUCGGUUGAGCAGGUCAUACAUUGUCUCGAGGCCGAUCUUGCUGAAAAAAAGACACCACGCCAGCCGCCGGUGACAUCAACAGUUAUCUUUGUAUUCACGGGACAAGGGUCGCAUUAUCCAAGUAUGGGCUCGCACUUGUGGGAGACGUCUGCCACCUUUCGCGCCAAGCUGCAUGACUUCCAGGCGGUGGCUACUGCGCAAGGCCUCCCUUAUUUCCUGGAUCUCAUCUCACGCAGCACGACGGCGGAACCGCGAUCAGAUCCCGAUACGGUGCAGAUCCAGUUGGCGAUUUUGAGCCUAGAACUGGCAUUGGCUGCGCUCUGGCGCUCAUGGGGCAUAGAACCCUCCCUCGUGCUUGGUCACAGCCUGGGCGAGUAUGCCGCUUUGUGUGUAGCAGGAGUGCUCACCGUUGGCGAUGCGCUAUAUCUGGUCGGCACAAGAGCGCGCAUCAUGGCCGGAACUCUGACGGUCGAUGAAUACGGCAUGCUCGCGGUGAACAUGGGUUGCGACGACGUAAGGAGCCUCCUCGCCACUGGUCAACACACCUCCUGCGCUGUGGCGUGCAUCAAUGCUUCCAAGAUGACGGUGGUGAGUGGACCACAGUCGAAGCUGGAGAAGUUGCAAAUGCAGCUCAAAUCGGAUGGCAUUCGAUGCACCCCUCUUUCGGUUCCCUACGGCUUUCACUCGCCACAGCUGGAUCCCAUUCUGGCCCAGUUUGAAGAGGCCUGCCAUGGGGUCGUUUUUUCCACUCCUCAAGUGCCGAUCGUUUCCACGCUUCUGGCAACAGUGAUUCGCAAAGAAGGCACAUUCUCGGCGGAAUACCUGGCCCGACAAGCGCGCGAGCCCGUCGACUUCGUUGGCGCGCUCGCUGUUGUCGACGAGCAGAAAUAUGCGUUCAAGGUUUUUCUUGAGAUUGGGCCUGAUCCAAUCUGUCUCGGACUCGUGAAGGCAACUCUGGGCAUCAAAGAGGCGAAGCUGAGCCUCCUUGCCUCAAUGCAUCGUGAUAAGGAUAACUGGUCUUCGAUAUCCUGCUCCUUGAGAGACCUCUACAUGGCGGGUGCUUCGGUGGAUUGGCCGGCUUUCCAUCGCGAUUUCAAGUCAUCCGUCUCGCUGAUCGACCUCCCGACAUACUCAUUCGACGAGAAGGUAUUUUGGUCAUCUUUCCCAGGUCGUGAGCCGCAACCGGCCAAAGAUUUAGAGGCCAGAAGAAGGUCGGAUUCGGGCAUCGCUCCCUCCGUGCAGGGGUUCGGCACAACAACUCUGCAGAGGGUCUUGAAGGAAACUGUCCUGGCCGACGGUUGCUCCGUGACCUUUGAAUCGGAUCUCGCAGACUCACACCUACGGGCGGCCGUUCAGGGCCAUUCCGUCGCCGACGUACAGAUAUGCUCCAGCAGCCUGCUACUCGACAUGGCACUUUCGGCGGCACAGUAUGCCUAUCGCAAGCACAUGGCUGGCCGAGCAAUGCCAUCCGAGCUAGUCGUACGCAACUGCUAUUUCCACCGGGCUCUCGUCCUCGGCGAGAAGGACCAAAGACUUCAAGUUACGGCAACUCUCUCGUCCUCGGAAACUCUGGUUGAGAUCGAAUACCACUGCCUCACUGCCGACGAGAAUUUCGAACUCGGGGCCUGCCAGGUGAUUUUGGAGCCGGCCGCCAGACCACCUCAGGCUGCAUUCCUCGUCCGCUCCCGCAUCGCGGCCCUAAAGGCGUCAGCGGGCCACCAGCUCGGUCGUCUGGCAGUCUAUCGCCUGUUCGACAGUGUCGUGCGCUACUCGGAAGAGUACAAGGGGCUCGAGAAGGUCUACCUAGCAGAGGAAAUGCAAGACGCCGUCGGGCAGAUCAGCAUGGCCGACGUACCGGCGGCGGGUGGUCACUACCUCCAUCACCCGUUCCUGCUAGAUUCGGUCGUCCACCUUGCGGGGUUCCUGGUGAACAACGGGAUGCGGUAUUCCAGCGAUUGGGCGUGCUUGUCGACGGGCUUCGACGAAUGGCACCAGUUCAAGGCGCUGGAUCCCAGCGUCGUGUAUACCAGCUACACGUUCAUGGAGGACUCGGCAUCGACGAAUAACGUGGUGGCGGGCGAUGUAUACGUCUUCGAUGGAGACGAGCUCGUCUCGGUCCUGACAGGGUUGCAGUUCCAGAAGAUGAAGAGGACGGCUCUCCAUCACCUCCUCUCUCCCUCCUCGGCACCCUCGACGGGUCGCAGCAUCGCCAGCAGGGCAGCACCUGUUGCCUCGGGAGCGACUCCGGCUGCAUCCAACUCUGCGCUCCCGACACGUACUGUGGCCGAUUAUGAGGCGCCCACUCCUCCAACGACGGUCGACGACAGCGAAGCUGAGGGUGCGAAGGUCGACCUCGUCAACGCCUUGUUUUCCAUUGUUGCCCGCGAGGUCGGGGUUGAGAUGAGCGAUCUACAUGGCGACGUCAACUUGGCUAAUCUGGGCAUCGACUCGUUGAUGGCCAUCACCAUCAUUUCCGUCAUGCAGCAGGAAACGGGCGUCGAGUUGGCUGGCACCUUUUUCCUCGAUAACUCCACCACGACUGAGGUGAUUGCUGCCCUGCGAGGAGCGUGA